AUGGCGCAAGUAGAAGGCACUAUGGAUAUUCCGACGACGGAAGGGAUUACCGCGAUCGGAGAGGCCCUUCGCAAAACGACUCGAGGCCGCGACAGCGUGAUUCACGCGGGGAUGCGGACUAUGAUGACCCCUAUUACUCCGAUCAGCACGGACACUACCGACACCGGUCGGAUUCCCAUUCAGACCAUGAGCGUCACCGUCGACCGCGAAGCCGGCGGUCUCCCUACCGACAUCUCUGCAAAUGAGUUCCAAUCAAGUUUGCUGAACUCAUCCUUGAUCUCUCCCGACGAUAUCAUUGAGCUUCGAAUACCCAGCUCUGGAGGCUCCCGUCGCGCAUUCGUACAAUUCCAGACAGUCGAUCUGGCAGUUAGAUUUGUGGACAGGCACUUCCCUGAGCUCGUUGUCGACUCAACGGUCACCAGGAAUGCAUCCGAGCCCCGCAGACUGAUGCUGUACCUUCAUUUUGCAAGACCUCGUGAUGACGGCGAUCGGCGACAGCCCCCAAUAUUAUCUGGAUAUACGCACAUGUUAACUGGCGAGACCGAUGCUUCCAACGAUCCAUCCCAGUUCCUGGUUAUUUAUCCCCUAGAUGCCUGCGUGACGGAAGAAGUUCUUGAGUUUGGCAUAAAGAAGCUUGAAAUCGCCGAGAAGCAACCAGCUUCAAAGGAUGCAGGCGCUCCGGCUAAGCUCAAGUCAACCGCUCCUACGGGAGACGUAAGUGGCUACGGCGCUCGCCGCGGCUCCCUUCACCGAGUCUUCCUCAUUCGCGACAAAUCUGACAGUCAAUCGCUGAAAUAUGGAUUCGCCGAAUUUUGGACCUUGGAGGACGCUGCGGCAGCUUUGACGAAAUUUAGGAUGUCGCGGAACUUCACUAUUGGCGGCGCCUCGGUGAAUAUCUGCUCAAUCCACAUGGGUGUUUUUAUCCCCGAGCUACAGCAACCCUCGCCACAGGAGGAGAAGUUUUCAUUUGUUCCUUUAUUUAACCCAGCACUACGCGUAAAGUACUGGGAUCCUCGAGUCUUUGCCAACCAGCGCGUGGUAAAUGCCGAACCACCUGUCAAGGCCGAUCCCGCAGCGGAAGGCGCCUCAGUCUCGACUGAAGCCAAGAAGGCGAAAAAACGGAAGGCUGAUGGGAAUCUCUCCUCUGGGGUGACGAAGAAGCCGGUUGCCAUGGCGGGACAGAUGGCCAUGUGGCAGAAGAAACAUGAGGAAUUGCGUACAGAUGGUACCGUUGGAUCUGGUGAUGAGCGGGCUUCGGGCAACGAAGGUGCAUCAGAGUCUGGAUCGUCUCGGCAGCAAAAUCAGCCGUCUAGUACAUCCACAAUGCCACCAAAGGAAAAGCAGGGACCCAUCAAGAUAUCACUCGGAGGGUUGGCAGUCGCUCCUCCAGCAACCCCAGCCGAUGACGGCGCAGGAGCAUCGCCAAACAACAUGACUACUAAGUCGGAGCCUCCCGUCUCGUACGUAGAUCGAGAUCGGGUCUGCUGUCUACUCUGCAUGAUGAAGUACAAGUCCUUAGAUGACUUGGACACCCACGAGCGUUCUGGAAAUCACAAGAGAGCCAUGGCCGACGAUGAGAAGGUGAAGGCAGCCAUGCCGCGUCUCGGGGCCCGAGAUAAGAGGCUUCAGGAACAGGGCAAGGCGAACGACGAAGGAAAGUCGCAGCAGUACCGCGACCGAGCCAAGGAGCGGCGCGAGGCCUUCAACCAACCCAAGAAGCCAACACCCCAGCUAGCGAAGCAAAAGGUGCCAAAACCCGAAGCACCGGCUCCAGCGCCAGCAACAGCACCAGCGCCCUCGAAGGGUUCAGCAAUGCUUGCCAAGAUGGGCUGGACAGGACAAGGCCUCGGUGCGAACGGUGAGGGUAGGACGGAAAUUAUCGCUACGAACGCGUAUCAGGAGGGUGUUGGUCUCGGCGCGGAGGGUGGGAACCUCGGGGACGCUGCGGAGCUCGCACAGCGGAAGACGAAGAAUAGCUAUGCGGAGUACUUGACUACGGCGCAGGAUAAGGCGAGGGAAAGGUAUAAUAAGAUGAACUAG